GUCGGACAGUCGGCGUACGGAUCAAACGCGGUGCUCACCGUCGCUCUCGCAAAACUGAACAGGCGCCCAAGAGGCGCUCAUGGCAGACGCGUCGACGUCGUAUGCAGCAUCGACAGCCCCUCCACCGAACACGGCAGAGCUAAGCGCGCGCCCCAUCGAGGACGCGCGCGUGCGCCUCCCCUUUCCCGACCGCCUGUGGAUCGUCCCCCUGGGCGCGUCCGUUCUGGGCACCCUCAUUGGCAUCCGGCGCGGCGCGCGCCACGCCUCGCUGCAGUACAGGGCCGAAAAUGCACACAGGCCACCACGAACGGUCGGCGGGUGGUACUUCUACCACAAGACGAAGAACUACAAGGUGAUCCUCGGUGCGCUGCGCCAGGGCGGGCGCACGGGACCGCUGGUCGGCGCGAUCGCUGGCACGUACGUCUUCCUCGAGGAGCUCGUGGAGCGCGCCGGUUGGGGGGACGUAAAGGCGAUCGCGGCCGGGUUGGGGACGUCAGCCGCGGUCAGCGCGGUUUGUCGGUUGCCGUGGUACACAAUGAAGCGGACGAUGGGCCUGGGGGUGAUGGGGGGAUGCAUGAUGCAGGCCGUCUACAUGGGCAUCGCCUGGGCGGAGGUGCAGGCGAAGGUCGAGCGCGCGCAGCGGGAGGCCAGGGAGCGGGAGGAGGAGGCCCGCGAUGCCGCCAAGGGCCCGGACGCUGGGCCGGACAGUAUGGCGGUGGCGGCGUAGAUAGAGUACGAACGGCAGGAGGAGCUCCCGCGGUUUGUAACCUACUUUAGGAGAUAUGGUGAUGCCUUGCUGAUGCUCCACUUCCGGGGGAGCUCGCGCGCGGGGAAU